ACAGACAUGACCAGUCUUGUUGGAUCUGUAGUUAAUGGUUGACGUUUAUACAUAGUUUUUUAUGUGCAUUCAUAAAUAGUACGUUGAUAUUUUCAACGUUCGUUUAAUUUGCAGCUAAACAAUAUUCGAAAACGACAUUACUGGCUGUUAAUAGGACUUCAGAAACUUAAUCAAAAGAAAUUUGGUUGUUUGUUAAUUGAAGUUUCUAACAUAACGUGAAAACAGUUCGUUUUAAAUGGCAGAAGAUUUUGGGAGAGAUACACCACCGAUGUACACAGGAAAUGAAGAAACAAAAACAGCUGGUCAACCUCUCUCAGAUUUUUUAUUACAACUAGAAGAUUAUACACCCACGGUGCCUGAUGCAAUCAGUGAACAUUAUUUGCAUACAGCUGGUUUUAACACAACAGAUCCCAGAAUAGUACGACUUGUUUCGUUAGCAGCACAAAAAUUUAUAUCUGAAAUAGCAAAUGAUGCUCUGCAGCACUGUAAGACACGUGGAGCUAAUCAGAAUACAAAAACAAAAGGAAAAGAUCGACGCUACACCUUAACCAUGGAAGAUUUGACACCAGCUGUGGCAGAAUAUGGCAUCAUAGUUAAAAAACCACAUUAUUUUGUUUAAUCCAUUUUAUCUCAUUAUUUUUCGUUUAGGAAUAAUGUUUGUUUAUUUAUUUAAUGUUCUUUUGCAUGCAUACCAAGUAAACUUGUAUAUCAUGUGUACAUUGUAUAGUUUUUAUAAGAAUCACCGAAUAUUAUGAAAAACAAAUUAUACAAUUAAUACAGUUCAAAGUUCAUACAUUAUAGG